AAAUUUAAUUUAUCUAUAAAUGGGAUUAAUGGGAUACAAUCUUAAAAUUGUUAACUUAUAUUUUUUAUUCAUGUGAUUUUGUUCAAAUAAUUGCCAAAAUGUGGCACGAGGCUAGAAAGCAGGAGAAGAUGAUCCGGGGGAUGAUUGUGGACUACAGAAGGCGGGCAGAGCGUAGAAAAGAUUUCUACGAGAAGAUUAAAGCUGAACCAACACAAUUUCUACAACUACAUGGCAGGCCAUGUAAAAUACAUUUGGACCCUGCUAUAGCUGCAGCAGGAGAGGGACCCGCAAUAAUGAUGCCCUGGCAAGGAGACACAAGUAACAUGAUUGAUAGAUUUGAUGUGAGAGCACAUUUAGAUUAUAUCCCAGAAGUGAAAAAUCCGUAUGUUGCCCCUGAAGACUUAAGCCAAGAAGAGAGGCAAUGUAACUAUGAAAGCUACAGAAUUCUGGCGCAGAAUGCAUUUCUUGGAAUAAGUGAAGAAAAAUUCCUUCAACAAUUAGCAAUUGAGGAACAAUUUGGUGUAACUAUUGAAGAGAAGGAGAUGCAAAAAGAGAGGUUAAACGAAAAGAAAGGGACGGGUGCUGCUAUAGGAUACAAUUAUAAUGAUCCCGGAGCACAACCUUCUUGCUCCAACCCUACUGGCCCAGACGUUAAAAAAACAGAACAGGAGGAUUCAGACGAUGACUCGGAUCUGGAAAUCAUUGAUGUGGAUCUGAGUAUUGAUGUCAACAAGAUGGAGGCUUCACAGGCUCAUGAGUUGAACAGCGUGGGCCCACUAUUCGGCAUGGCUGGAUGCGAUCUGUUCUCUUUCCUCACGGGAGACGCUGACGACGCCGAGCAUCAGAAGCAGCUGCUUCGAGAGGAGAAGGAGAAAGCAAUGUUCUCGGGAAGGAAGAGUCGGAAGGAGAGGAGAGCCCAUCGUGACAAAAAGCUCCAGCAUCGCGUAGUAAGCCCGCCGGCGUACGCAGCUCCUCGCACCAACUCGGAAACGGCGCGCUCAGUCAGUCGCUCGGCCAGCCGUAGCCCCGAGCCCGCUCCGCAGAUCGAGUUCAUCACCUCUUUCGGGCAGGACGACGAUGAGGUCAAACCACCACCUCCAAUUAAACCUCUGUAUGCUGAUAAAUUGAAAAAAAACCUGAAACCGGAAGUACUCUAUUCCGACGUUGCAAGAAAACCGCCAGCAAGGUCACCGCCUCAAUACAAUGAUUACCAAGGUCCGCGUCCGUUCAUGGGCCCGCACCGCCCCCGCUCUCGCUCACGUUCUCGCUCUCGCUCCUACUCCCGCUCCGUAUCUCGCUCUCGCUCGAAGUCAAGGUCACGGUCGCGCUCCCGCUACUCGUCGUCGAGGUCUCGCUCCUACAGCCCCCAGCGGAGGUCGCGGUCGGCCUCGAGGCCGCGCCAGUACAGAAACAGACGAUCUAGAAGCCCGCCCAAUUACGGUAAACGUAAUCGCUCCAGGUCCAUAUCUUAUGAAAGCAAUGACAAGGGCGCAACAAAGGCGGCGAUGCCGCGGUACUACGGGCGCCGCAAGGAGGACAAGUCGUCUAGUGAACUAUCGCUAGACUCCGACUCAAGUGACACGCCCGAUGACGGGAAACGCACGUCGGCGGUUAAAUCCAACACAAACCAGAAUCAGUUACGAUUAACUGGAUCCAGCUCCAAAGGCUCGUCGCGACAAACAAAUUCCCUCAAGGAAAAGCUCAAAAAGAAGAUGCAGGCUCAGUUAUCAAGGCAACUGCGAGCAGACAAGCGGGCUGAGGCGGAGCGCCUCGAGCGGGAAUCCCGACGGCAGGCUCGGCGCGACGAGGAGAUGCGCGAACUCGCCAUCAAGCUGCGACGCAAGCAGCGUGAAAUGCGGCAUCAGCAGAACAGAAGGUCUAGCGAUGACGAUUCGGAUGCAAGUCACAGUGGAUCGUCUAGAGAUUCGCCAACGCGAGAAAAGAAGAAGGACGAGGGCAGCCGCUCGAGAAGCCCCUCGCCGACGCCGAAGAAGAUUCCGGUCUGGGAGACCAACAGGGACGCGCCCCGCGUGCCGCCGCCCGAGCACAGGCACCGCCACGACCACCCCCCCGACACCUUCCACCGCCCGCCCCCGCCCUACCCGCCGCCCCGCCCGCCCCGCAGCUACGACCACCGCCACGACAACACGUACGACCACCAGCAGACCAGGUGGGACCAGAACUACGCGGGCGCGCGGAGGCGGCCCUACGGGUACCGGGGCGGGUACCGCGGGCACGGCCCGCGCGAGCACGAGCACGAGUACGAGCCCCCCGACUGGCGCACGCGCCCGCCGCCGCCCCCGCUGCCUGUCGACGACGACGGCGACGGCGACGCUUCCGGCGGGUACAGGAACAAAGUCAAGUUGGUCGAUUAUUAGACUCCCGAGGUUGUACAUUCGAUGCCAAAUUAGAUGAUUAUAAAGUCGUUCGAAUUCAUAUCUCUAGGGUUUUAUAAAUGUGUCGUUCCCGUGUCAGCUCCUUUUCCGUUAAAUUCCGAUGAGGCUUUUCAAAAAGUUAGCGGGCCGCACGCGUGUCCCGGCGUUUCCGUUGUCUCUAUCUCUUUCGUAAAUGCGUAUGUGACGAAGAUAAAACAUUUGACGACCCUUUCUUGUCAUUUUAAAACAUAUAUGAUAUAAAAGACUGAUGUCUACCGACACGUUUGCAAAACUAUAUUUACGAAAAUUAUAACU